AAAUUUAUGCGGCGGAUUAGAGGCGGCUGGCUCGACCGCGGCUCACAAAUGACGGCUCACUUGGCCGCGAUGAAAUGAGGGCUAAAACGUGAGACUGGGAUUUUUUUUCAUAAUUGUUUUCCUUCACCCACGGACAAAUGGAUCAAGCAGAGCAGCUGGAGGAGAUCUCUGCUUGGUGUAAAGAGGAAGGUCUUCCUCCUGACUCCUCAAAGGAAGCUCAGCUGUGUUUGCUAUGGCGUGCCCUUCAGCACACGAUGAGCCGCCUCAGCAAAGUGACCAGAGACCUGGAAACCCACCGCUCUCAGCACUUAGCAGAAAUGGCGGAGGUACGCAAGUCGCUGGAGCAGAUCAGAUUCUUCACGGAGCACAAAAAUGUUUUGGCUCAGGAGAUACAAGAAGAGAAUGAUCACCUUAAGGAGCAGCUGCGGCACCUAAUAUCACUUCAAGAUGCCCAGAUUAGCGAGGUGGCUAAAAUGCUGUACCAACAGGGUCUCACAGAGUUGAUUCACAGCAGCCCCAGUGAGCAGGUGGCAUACCUCCUGGUGGAGAGGGCUUCCCUGCUUGAGACAAGUGAGCUUACAGACAAGGUGAAGGGAUAUGGAAACACAGCCAAUCAUAUGGGGACAGGAGCACAAGUGAAGAGGACCGGCGUAUCCCAGGCUGCCCACAAGGGGGCACCACGUCAUGGGCAGAGCGCAUGGAAAAAACUCUUUGGACUCAAGUCUUCACAGAACAAACAUACUUUUAUUCCUGCUGAGGCCAGAUUUUUGGCUGGCCAGGAAAGCAGUUUGGGGAGAGAAUGCUCCCGGCUGGAGCGGGACCUGGAGGAGGGCUCCCGUCGGCUGGCAAUGGCGCACAAUGAGAUCCGGCGUUUGACUGAUGAGCUGGAGUCUGCUCAUUUGACCCAGAGAGCGUAUGAGCCUGAGCUGCAAUCAGCACAGCAGGAGGUGGAGCAGCUCCGGCAGGAGGUAGAAAAGCUGAAGAAAUAUGAAAUUGUGGAAUUGCGAAAGACCAAAGAGCUAAAUGAUCGCCUGGACCUCGAGAUCCGAGCCUUGAGGAAUAGGGUUCGCUCAUUGGAUGCUGAGAAAACCUCUUUGCAGCAGACGGUCGUGUCGCUGCAAGAAGAAGCAGAGCAGCUGAAGGCAGCCUUACAGGAGGAGCUCCUAACUAAACAGGCUCCAGCCAAACAAGUAACAGAGAUGACUGAAGUUGUGUCUCUAAAGAAGAAGGCAGAGCGACUGGAGUCAGCCCUACAAGAGCAGCAGCAGCAACUUCUCACUGUGCAAGUUCAGGCCAACCAUGCCAACGAAUUAGCCAAAAUACAUUCUCUUCAGCAGCAGGUUGACUGUGCCCAAACCAGCGUGGAUAACCUUGUGCUAAAUAUCAACAGCAGUGAAGACAUCCCGCAGGAUCAAAAGCUGCUGAAACAAAAAAAGGCAGAUCCCCAUCUUUUUGUAAACACUCAGUCGCAUGACUCCUUUAUGACAGCGGAUGAAGAGCCACAGACGAUAAAGUACGAAGAAAACGCACCACAAAAGGAGUGUAUUAACUGUCAACAAGCAAUGAAAACUCUGCUGUCCUCCCAAGAGGAGUGUGAGGCACUUAAAAAGGAGAUCUGCGAAACCCUGAAAUGCAUUGAUGAGGAGCGAAGCAAAUUCCACAAGAUGAAGCAAAAACACAAGGCCAAACUUUGCAGAGCCAAACAGAAAUUUGAAGAUGAAACCACAUGGCGUGAUGAGAAGAUAAAAAGUCUAGAGAGAGAAUUGUCCUUGUGCUGUCAUUCAGUAGCAAAGGAGAAGGAGCUUGUCAUAAGCAUAACUGUGGAAAAUGAGAAACUACUCUCUGAGAGGAGGAAGCUACUGCAACAGCUAAACGAGGAGGAGCACAAGAAGAAGGAUAGUUGUCUAAAAGCUUCUUUAUCCAAAUGCAGGGUGGAACUUUUAGAGCUGGAAAACAAGAAACUCGGAAACCAAAUAUCACAAAUGUCCAACCAGCUCGCUGUCCUGGAGUUCAGCCUGCAGAAGACACAGCUGCUUCACUUUGCUGAGAAACUUAAGAAAAUGCCAGAUGACCAGCAAGUUUUCAAGUCUCUUCCUCAGCAGUCUUCAAGUGUGAUUUCACCCGAGCUGUCUGAAGCUCAGGGCUUGUUGGAUGGUACACUUAGAGGUCACUCCAAGCAGACAGAUGGGACUUGUUACAGUCAUGCGUCUGAGAUUUUGUGUCAGUCAGCAGAUAUGAGCUACCUGAACCUGACCUCCACACAAAAAAACCACUUGGACCGCUCACCUCCCCUGGCUGCCCUCAGCAGCCUUGAAAAUCUGCCUUCCUGAAGUUUUCUGUUUUGAGUGUGAUCAUGAACUAUUUUAUUUGUAUGUUAAAUUAAUAAAUAAGAUACAAAAUGGGUUUGAAUUUCAUUAAAUCAAAUUAAACCAG